AACAACCUCCUAAAAUAAAGCGAAGAAGAAGAAGAAGAAGGCAGGGCUUGGAGUUGCAAGUAGGUGAUAUCUCGGCCACUGGGAGUAAACAAGGAAGCUGCUUGCCGUCUGUACAAAACUACAGGAAACACCUUGCAUAUUGUGCAAUAUUAUAUAACAUUGCUGUGAUGGUGCCGGAAACCCACUAGAAAAGGAUAAGGAGAACAGCUGCCAACACUCCCGACAGGGUGGUCCAGAUCUUUUCUUGUUUGCCAUUGAAGACAAAUGGUUUUGAGUCAUGGAUCAAGGUGUUGUGGACAGUCCUGUUACCCUUGUCAUCAGGGCUCCCAACCAGAAGUACAAUGAUCAGACCAUCAACUGUUUCCAGAACUGGACUGUGGAGAAACUCAAAGCCCACCUGUCCGACGUAUACCCGAGUAAACCUAGCUCCAAAGACCAGAGGCUGGUGUAUUCUGGGAAACUGCUUUUGGAUCACUUAACUUUAAAAGAUGUGCUCAGAAAGCAGGAUGAGUACCAUAUGCUCCAUCUGGUGUGCCCCUCCAGAACCCCUCCCAGCUCCCCGAAGCCCCCCCGCAGCCACGGUAACAAGCCUCAGGAGAACUCAGCCGGUCCCGCGGCACCUCAAAACGCUAAUAGUCCUUCCGUCUCUGCUCAAGAUGGCCAGUCGUCUACAGCAGAGAGCAGUGAUGGGCUCAGGCAACGGGCUGGACCCUUCCCUUACCACCAGAUGUACCCACAAUUUAUGCACAGCUGGUCUCAGUACUCUCAACAAUCAACUCCUCCCACAAACAUGCCCUCUUAUUACAACCCCAUGACGCUAAUGUGGUGGCAGCAGCUGUACGCCCGGCAGUACUACAUGCAUUAUCAGUUACUGGCUGCCUCCUCUCAGCACCUAAGGCCAGACCAGCCCCUGACGCAGUCUAACCAGCCCGAUCCUCUGAGCCAGCGACCUCAGGUGGAUCGCCGUGGCAACCCAGAGGUCCAGAUGAACGCGCAGGGAGGGGAGAUCCUGAACGAGGAGGAGCUGAACCGGGAUUGGCUAGACUGGGUGUACACAUUUUCACGUGCUGCGAUUUUACUCAGUAUAGUCUACUUCUACUCGUCCUUCAGCCGGUUUGUCAUGGUGAUGAUGGCCAUGCUGGUGCUUUAUCUGCACCAGGCUGGCUGGUUUCCCUUCAACCUGGAGAAUGAGCUCCAGCUCCCAGGAGACAGAGCCAAUCAGGACGAUCUGGAGGGAGAGCUACAAAACCACGACUUACAAGAAAUGGAAGGAGUUAUGGAUGACGGCUCAGAUGAUGACGGUGAAAGUGGAGAGGAAGGCGCAGAGGACCCGAACAGUGUCCCCCACACAGGCUUCCUGUCCUCCACCUGGUCGUUUAUCAUAACCUUCUUCAUGUCCCUCAUCCCAGAGGGACCGCCAAAUGCUGCUAACUGAGCCACGAGACACCACAGUUCUCCACAGGAGCACAUUCUUUCUUUUAAGAGGAGGACGGAUAUCCUACCUGCUUAGGGAAACUGUCUCUGUUGCAGUGCAGUGUUAUAGUUUCCCACUAGUCUAAGACUUUGAGCUGCAAAUGCAAAUGACUGAUUUAACCUGAAAAGCGGAAAGUGGUCACUUCAAAUGGACUGUUUUUCUUUGUCUGCACAAAGACAGAAAGAACUGUCAAAUGACAGGAACCUUAGUUGACCUGCUAUAUACAAGGAUUGCUAGUGAUGCCUUGUAAACGUAGUCAGAAUAAAAAAUAGUGUCUGCCAAUGCAUUGUUUCUGUAAUUUAUAAAAUAGCGACAGCAGCCGCAUUUAUAAUAUUGAACAAUAUUUACAGCACUAAAUGUGUUUAACAAGCGGAGUCUGUUUUUUUUUUUCUUUGUGAGAAGCUGCAAUACUUGUUGAAAUAGUUUCGUUUCAAUUGUAAUUUUUUUUUUGUAAUGCUGGUUGUAUCCGUAUAAGACAUUUUAAAAAGGGCCACUUUAGUCCAAAAGGUGAACUACAGCAAAUAUUCCUGAAUAUCAUGUAGCAUCUGUUGAAAUUUAUGUGAGUGAUUCUGAUCUGAAAGGUGAAAAAAUGUGUAUAAAACACAUUGUGUAUUGUUGUGAAGUGUAUCCCAGAGUGACGUUACUGCUACUGAAGAGUGAUUUGGAUUAAUGUACCACUAAUUAUUUCAGUUGGGAUUAAAUUGACGAAGCGUCCAGCAGGCAAAGAGAGACUUUUGUAUUCCUUACUGUUAAAUAAAAACACUGCCACAAUGCAGAGUUCAUGUCGGAGAAA